AUGUGGGAUUGGGGAGAAACAGAAUAUGUGCGAGUGGCUUAUAAAUCAAAGAAGACCAAAGGAGAAGCUCAAAAGUUUAUUGAUAUUACAGAUGAAAGUGAUUUUCUUGAUAUGUUAGAGCAAUUCACAGAUGGUACAGAGAUAGAAAUAUUUGUUACUAUUAGUUCCGAUGGCAUUCCUUUUAAUUUCAAUGUUCAGGAUGUAGUUGAGGAUGUAGUUGAGGGUGAAAUUGAGGUUGAAGAUGAUGUUAGAAUUGAGAAUGUAGCUGAGGAAGAAGAUGAUGUUAGAAAUGAGAAUGUAGCUGUGGAAGAAGAUAAUGUUGGAGAUGAAGAUGCUGAUUAUAAUGGUAUAGAAGAUGCUGUUGGAGAUGAAGGUGUAGUUGAGGAAGAAUAUGGUGUUGAAGAAGAUGAAGGUGGAGCUCAUCUACAGGCUGAUUAUGAUGCUGUAGAUGAAGGUGUUGGAGAUGAAGGUGUUGCUCUCAAGGAAGCAUAUGGUGUUGAAGAUGAAGGUGGAACUCAUCUAGAGGCUGAUUAUGAUGCUGUAGAUGAAGGUGUUGGAUAUGAAGGUGUAGCUGAGGGAGUAGAGGGAGUAGAUGAAUCAGAUAAAUCAUCUACUGAAAAUUUUGAACAGAAUUUAGGCUUUAGUUCCACUGAAACUGACUCAGAUGAGGAUGAGUUAGUUUAUGACAAUGAAAAUCCAAUUGUGGACUAUGGUGUGAAGUAUCCUGAUGUCAAUUCAUUUAGAAGUGCUCUUCAUCAAUUCGCUGUCCAAAAUCAAUUCCAAUUCAAGAUUAUUAAAAGUGAUCAAUCUAGAGUGACUGCAAGAUGUACGACAGAAGGUUGUGGGUGGAGAAUACACGCAGCAAGGAUUCGAGGAGAAGCUACCUUUCAGAUCAAAACUCUCCAAUCAGAGCAUACGUGUGAAGUUGUCAAUAGGUGUGGAAACAAGAAUGCUACAAAAGGAUGGAUUGCAGAAAGAAUCAUUAAUUGGCUAAAAAAUGAAGGUGAUAUACCUGUGAGUGAUUUAUCUAGAAGACUUAAAGAGCAGUAUGGAAGGUUGGAGUUGCCCUAUUUGAGGGUGUGGAAGGGUAAGGAGCUCGCAAUGACCCAAUUACAUGGAAAGUGGGAUCUAUCAUUCUUAAGAGUUUUUGAUUUUUGUGAUGAGAUUAGAAGAAGAAAUGUAGGAAGUCAUACACAGAUUAAAUUGAUAGAGUUGGAGGGUAAACAACAUUUUCAGCGAAUGUUUAUUGCUUUUGGGGCUAGUAUUCAAGGUUUUCUAAGAGGGUGUAGGCCAUAUGUCGGUUUAGAUGGAGCUCAUCUUAAGGGUAAAUUCAAAGGGAUUAUUGUUUCUGCAAUUGCAUUGGAUGGAAACAACUCAAUGUUUCCAGUUGCAUAUGGUGUGGUUGAGUCAGAAAAUGCAGAAAGUUGGGAAUGGUUCUUGGUAGCUCUCAAGGAAGCUAUAGGUUGUCCUAAUGGUUUGGUUCUAUCCAGUGAUAGGCAAAAAGGCUUAGAUAAGGCCCUUCUAGCUGUCUAUCCUACUGCUGAACAUCGUGAAUGCAUGCGUCACUUAUAUAGUAACUUCAAGAAACGAUUUCGAGGAGAUAUUUUGAAGAAACAUCUAUGGGGAGCAGCUAGGGCAUAUACAAGUUCAGCAUUUCAAUACCAUAUGGAAAGGGUGCAGAUGGCAGAUAGUAGAGUGGUUGAUUACUUAAGAGAAAAUCAUGGUCAUGUAUGGAGCCGCUCUUUAUUUGGAAUAGAUGCUAAGUGCGAACAAGAAACCAAUAAUAUCUCUGAGACUUUUAAUUCUUGGAUCAGUAAAGAAAGGAAUAGACCGGUGAUAGAUAUGAUGGAUGCCAUAAGGCAGAAAAUAAUGAUUAUGAUGAACAAAAGAAGAAGAGAUGCAGCAAAAUGGUCAACAAAGCUUGUACCGGGAGCAACUAAGCAUAUCAACAAUUUGACCAAGGAUCUUGGAAAUUAUAAAGUGUUGAGGUGUAGUGAUGAGCAAGCGGAGAUAGAAGGGCCUAAUGCUAGAUGUGAUGUAAGCUAA